AUGAAACUCUUUGUUCUUAUUUUGAUCACUUCUCUUCGAUUUCUCCAAAUUAAUUCAUCAGCAUCAUCACAAACUUUCAAUGUACUUGACUAUGGAGCUGUUGGAGAUGGAAAUACUGAAGAUACUCAAGCUUUUCUUGAUGCAUGGAAAGCUGCUUGUAAAUCUUCAAAUUCAAAGACUUCUCCAAUAAUGUUGGUUCCUGGUGGCAAAUCAUUUUUACUUCAACCUUUCACUUUGGACGGUCACGAUUGCAAGUCUACAAAAACAAAUAUAAUUAGUAUUGUGAUUGAUGGAGAAUUAAUUGCACCAAAAGAUCGAUGGGCAUGGAAAUACGAAGGAAAAGAAUGUCGACAAUGGAUUUUAUUAAAGCAUAUGAAAGGUCUUGUAGUGAAAGGUUCUGGCUCUAUCAAUGCUCAAGGAAAUUCAUGGUGGGAUCUAUGCACAAAUGAAGAAAAAGUUUGUACAAGAAGACCAACUAGUUUAAUUUUGGAAGAUUCGGACAAAGUUCACAUAAAGAAUUUAGCUUUUAAGGAUAGUCCCCAAAUGCAUAUGGCUAUUGAAAGUUCAAAAUAUGUAUAUAUUAAAAACCUAUACAUUGAAGCACCAGGUGAUAGUCCUAACACCGACGGAAUUCAUAUUCAACGUUCUAAAAAAGUCUCCAUUAGUAGGUCUAGUAUUCGCACAGGGGAUGAUUGUAUUUCAAUUGGGGAUGGUUCAUAUAGAAUCAACAUCUCCAAGAUUGCCUGCGGUCCUGGACACGGGAUUAGCAUUGGAAGCCUCGGUAAACAUGGCGAUCAUGAAACUGUUGAGUUUGUUCACGUGAAAGAUGUAACUUUUACAGACACAACUAAUGGUUUUAGAAUUAAAACAUGGCAGACUUCGGCGGUAAAAAUCAGCAAUGUAUCAUAUAAUAGAAUAUCGGGAACGUCAAGAAGUAAGAUUGCAGUGAAUCUUGUUUGUAGUGAAACAAAACCAUGUAGAAAUAUCUUGAUGAAAGAUAUUAAAUUAGAAUCUAUCAUUCAAGAUGAAGAAGAAAAAGAAGAUAUCACGUCAUCCUUAUGUGAAAAUGUUGUUGAUGGACAUAAGAUUGGAUCUGUAAUUCCGAAUGUUCCUUGCUUAAAGAAAAUGAAUUAG